GCAGACUGUACUGUAACUGACUGACAGCCCUCACCCUGCCUUUGUCUCUCUUUCUCCAUCUGUCUUACUCCUUCUCUUGAAAAUUUUUCCAUUCUUAAGGGAUGUCUGAACUAAAUGCAUACUCCUCUCUUCAGUCACAGCUCUUGAAGUUGAGUUACAGCCACAAAAAGACAAGGCUAAAAUAGAACUCAAGUGCCUCGUUGGGGUUUGUAAGAGGGUGGGGGAUUUUUUCUUUGACGAAUCUCCUCCCAUUUAAGCAAGAGAAUCAGCAUGUUUGAGUCUCACACUACUUUAGAGAAAAGGAGUCUGGCAGGGCAAAUUAACAACGACAACCCGAAAGACAGUGAAGAAGCGGGACAAGCUGCUGGCUGCUGCUCAGUGAUGAGCGAGUAUGUGUGGUGAGUGAGCGAGCGGCAGGGCUCAGGAGCAGGGCCGGCACCCAGGCGCAGACUCCAUACACUCCAACACACCUUUUUUUUUUUUUUUUUUUUUUUUUACACAUCUGGCUGUAAAGGAUUAGACACACACACGCAGCCAUGUUGCAGCAGAUUCUGAAGGAAAUGUAUAUCGAUCCGGAUGUGUUGGACGCUCUGAACGAGGAGCAGAAGAAGACAUUGUUCCUGAAGAUGCGACAGGAGCAGGUCCGACGCUGGAAUGAGCGAGAAGAGAAGCUGGAACAUGAGGAACCACGCAAACCCAAACAGAGGCCAGCUCAAAGUAAGAGUGUGAGUUGGCUGCUGGGCUGCGACGGUGACGUACAAGUCAUCGUCAUUGGAGAGAUGGACGAGUUCAAGCCCUCCAAGAUGCUCCGCUCGGGGUUUGGCGAGAGAAAAGCUGCUAGUCUUCGUAACAAUUCCCACAACCAGGAUGCAAGUUUGAAGAGUAACCUUGUAAGCCGAACAUCCACAGAACCUGUGCGAUCAGGCAGAGAGAAUCUCCCACCCAAAUCGUUGUCCGGAGUCCAGCUUAAUUUAAGGGAGAACAGUGAAGAAGUGAGGACGCUGCCCCCUCAACAGGUAUCAGCAUGUGAACAAAAGCCUGCAUCUCCUGUUGAGAGUGUUAAAGAAACAGAGGAUGAAGAUGACACCAAUGACCCUGUGGAUGACACACUUUCUCUGUCCUCCAUUUGCUACCGACCCCACCUGAUGUCAUCCAGCGUCCUGCACAGCCUCGCACCCCAGGACACACAACAGAAGACCACACCACUGUCAAUCACAAGCAGGCUAUGCUCAGUUGAAGAUAGCGAGCCUCAUAUUAGCAGAGGGAAAGAUUUCCGUGUGAUGUCCGCCUUUAAACGCACUGAAUCUGGAAUAGGCGGGGAAACCCGCAUGGGGCGUGGCCGUGUGGCUGAGCUGAUGAAGACCUUUAGUGUGUCCAGUGACUCCACCUGCUCACAACCUCCACCCAGAGCCAACAAACCACCCAUCCCGAAUAAACCCAGCCACUUGCAGCAUCUCCCCUCAAACUCGUUCAGGUAAUCAGCAGAGAUCACAGGACGCUCAAACUGCCUCUCUCAGGAACACUGCUCUAAUUGCACAAGCAACGCAGCAGGAUGAGGGCUUUUAGUAAUUUUUGAAUUACAAUAUUUUGUAUAAUUGUGCACUCAGGAGGCACGAAAUGCGAAAAAAAAAAAAAAAAGUCAUUGUAUAAAGUUUUUACACACUUGUUACGGACUGUUUUAUAAUGUUUUCUGUAUUUGUAGGGAUUUCAUUGACUUGUAUCACAGAUCUGUAUUCCAUUCUUAUCCAGAAAUCUGUAUCGGUGUAUUUUGUGUAUUAUAUUCUUACAAAUUGUGCAAUAUUGGAGGGGAAUUCCGCACUAAGAUAAUUUUCCCACAGUUGAAGCAAUUGGCAAUCUGUGUUAUGAUGAGAGAAAAUGCAGCCUCUCUGCAUGAGCUGCUUUGUGAUUUUCCACGUUUUUGAAAUGGAACAGCCAGCGGGACUAAUGAGAUGAUGCGUGCUGACGGGUUUAUUGAGCAAAAACCGGCAACAUUUCCUGUCUCAAAGCAUGUUACGUUUCCAAAUGCUUUUUCUCCCAUCAUUACUGACAAAUUACUUCAAUUACUUCAGUUUUUGGACAGAACGUCUCCG